CUAGCACGAAGUUGGAGCACGUUGCUUCUUCACUAUCUGGGCCACACAGUAUUCAUCAUCUGACUAGGGUGAUUCUGUCACAGCGAGCGUCAACUAUCGUAAGUAGCACUCAUCGGUUGGGGACGUGUUAGCACUGGGAGACCGUCGAAGUCAGUAACUCAGGCUGAAGGAGUCCGGAAAGGGCUCGCCAUGGGGAAGUCAUCUAGAAGCCGUGGUCGUGGUAAGGCGCGUGAGGAGGAAGAGCACUCCCUAUCACCAACACGGAUUUUAAGGUCCUCAGACUUGUUCUGUAUGACACCAGAAAAUUCCGAGACGGAUUUGUUCCUUAGCAACUCCGAAGAUGCGGACUCAGACUCCUUAUAUAGUGUAUCAGGAACAGAGGAGUCGCCUAUCUUCGGAGUACCUGCGACAGGCUCGGGUCCAACUCGAGGCAGGCCAACCACGAGAGAAGAUGCUGGAUCCCCAAGUCCGAACACGAGUCCCAGCCCCCAAGGGACUCCUAGUUCAGGUAAUACCCCCUAUUCGUCACCGGAAAGUAUUGUGAGGUCUACGUCUCCUACAAGACCUGCCAAUUUUGCAUCCGAACCACCUGAGGUUCCCCCUAACCCAACCAAGACGCCAGAACCGUCGAAGGCCCCUGAGCCGCCAAAGACUCCCGAACUAUCAAAAGCUCGAAGCCCACCAAAAACUCCCGAACCGCCAAAGAUCCAGCGCACGAGAUCCCUCAGCCCACUAAGUAGUGACCUGUCCGACUCCCCCACCUCGACAGAGGAGGACCCUUUCUCCCCGAGCCCGGAAGAGCCGGGCCGCACCAAGAACUCGAGAGAUUACCUGCUCAACCGGCACCACCUGGGCCCGCGGACGGCGCGGACGCAGCGGCGCCGGUUCCACGACUUCCUGGUCGUGGUGCGGGAGCGCGGGGAGGAGCGUGCGCGGCGCGCCGUCGUCGGUGACGCGAGCCCGCUGCCUCCCGUCCGGGACUGGAACGCGUGGAAGAAAAGGCAGGUCCCGCAGUGGAGGCCCGAGCACCCCCAAAUGGACGUCGUCGAGAAGGGCGAGACCGAGAAGCGGCUGCGGGACUAUCUGGCGGACGAGGGGGAUGAGGGGCCUAUGCUGCUCAUGGGGUUGCGGGAGCCUUCUGAGACGAGUGGGCAGUCACCUGGGAUUAUUGCUGAUACGCUGGUCGGCGUCGGUGGGGAUGGUGAAGGCAGUGGAACUAGUAGAGGCAUUGAUGGUGUCACUGGUGUUGGUAACAGUAAUGCUACUGGGGGUAGCGGUAUUAGUGGUAACGGAAGUGAUGGAGAUGGCGGCAGAGGAGUCCAUAGUAGUCGUGGGGGACUACUUAGUGGCUUCCAAAGGCUUCUAUGGUUGCGCACGCCGAGCCCGUCUGGGUUCGCCACCAACAAAAUCUCGCGGCGCGUGCGUGUUGAAAGAUGGAUGCAGAAGCAUGGUAUGUUUGCGGUGUACCUUGGUGUGCCCGUGUGGUUCUAUCUCUUAAUAUCGUUUAUGUCUGCGGCUAGCUUGGCCGGCUUCUCCUUCUCGCUUUACGUAGCCAUGGAGGUCUUGGGCAAUUAGGAUAAUCUCAUCAGUUGCGGCCAAGCCUCUUCUCAGCCUUUGCGAAUAACUACUUAAGACCACCGUCAAUAUUAAUCCCUACAAAACCCUGAAGUAUUGCUGAGGAUGCAUGGCCUCCAAAAACGAUUAUCCGUCGUCGACUUGUGUCUAAUGCAGAUUAACGUAGUUCCUGGGCCCAGUUGAUGAGUCCUUCUAUUCAAAAGCACAGCUUCCCCAGAUGGAGACUAUAGUCAGCCUCUAGAGCGAUCGAUGGAAACUGAGUUUGGUCAAUCAGCCCUACGAGCUAAAGAGGAGUCCCCUUUUACUGUUCUGACUCGAGAUUUGCUUUUUGAUCGAAGAGCACCCGGAACAUUUGUAAUUUCGUGGAUCGUUUCCCCUAGGGACGCCUUAACCGCCCA